GUGGGCACUCUCCCCUCUCUGCUCGCCAGUCGCCGCCUCCGGCCUCGUCGCCGCCCACCAGCUCCGGCCGCACGCCUGCACCCCUCACCAGCGUCGCCUACCGCGUUAGUCGACUCGGUGAAGCCAGUUCCGUUCGCCACCUCCGAUCUCGUCGCCGUCCAUCCGUUCCGGCCGCACGCCUGCGCACCUCACCAGCCUUCGCCUCCGUGACAGAGUCUGACGCCUCAGUGAUGCCGCCAAAGGUGACCAUUGCCGCCUCCAACGAUGCCGUGCUGCCUGAAGACAUGCUGCACCACAUCCUCGUGCGCCUCCCGGCGAAGACGCUAUGCCUCUUCCGAGCAGUCUGCCCAUCCUGGAGGUCCCUCCUCUCGGAUCCGCUCUUCGUUGCAGCGCACAAGUCCCAUCACCCCGAGCCACUAAUCGUCACAUGUAACUGUGAGAUGUUUGAAAGAGGCACCAUUAACAUUAUGGACUUGUCUGGCCAUGUUGUUAAGCGGAUAGCCACCACCAUGAAGAAUGCCAGGAUGGUGCGCACACGCCGGCUGGACCUUAUUUGUGUCACCGGACAUAAGGGCCGCCAUGUGAUCAACCCUGUCACGGGCGAUACUUUUGCAUUGCCCAGUUGCCGCGCAAAGGAGCAUGCACAUGUGCAACAUUUCUUUCCAGAAUCAUUUGACUUGGGACAGGUUGUCACCACGGGAGAAUACAAGGCCCUACGCUGUGUUAGCAUCGAUAAUUCUGAUCAUGAGUCCAGCCCGAUGCUCUGUGAGGUCAUCACCCUUGAUGAUGGUCGCAAUGCAAGAUGGAGGGGCAAACAGGGCCCUCCGCCCCCUGUCACAAGUAACCGUAACAGAAGUAUUGUUGUCAAAGGAGUCGUUUAUUUCUUGUUGGAUUUUCUAUACAAACGUUUUACGUUUUCUGGGGUCCGUGUCAAACCGGGUAGCAUGGCUUUGUUCAACCUUGAGACAGAGGAGUGGAUGGGGAUUGUCCAAGGACCAAAGCCAGUGCGCAGCUUUGUUAAGGACAGCAAUGGCAGGUGCGGUUACUUUAGUCUAUACUUGGAGCUAUCACCGGUAAAUUUGGAUGGGUUCUUAGUUAUGGCACACAAUCCUGAAGGUUGCUCUUUGGACUUGUGGUUUUUGAUGGAUAGUGAGAAAUGUCUCUGGAAUAAAAGCUACAGCUUAGAUUUCCAACCUGAAAAUCUCUUUGCUCAACCCUUGGAAAUUCUAAAUGACGGGAAGAUAGUUCUCUCUGCACCAGGAUCACUAAGACUAUAUAAUCCGGUUACCAAGACUUACAUUGAUUUUGGGAUGAGAAAUUCCACAUCUGUUGGUACUUACACUGGAAGUCUGUUGUCUUCAGAGAGCACCUUCACUUCUGAGGCUCCGUUCGGCAGCUCUCCAGCUUCCAGCUUCCGCGAGGAGCUGCGUGCGUUCGGAAGGCUGUGGCUGCUUCUCUUCAUGCUGCAUGGGCUGGCGCUGGUGGCUGGUUUGUACAGCAGCUCGGGAUAAAUGAAUCGAACCGGCUGAACGUUGCACUGCCUGUGGCUGCUAUUUCACCCUCGAAGCCGGCCAACAUGAUGUAACCUGUCAAGAUUGUAUGUAUGAAGCCGUGUUUGCACGGCGUUGAACUUCUCGGGCAUCUUUUCUCUAUGGCCCGCAUUAGGCUUUCACCAAUUACCAAUGCCAGUAUAGACAAUUUCAAGUAUGAUCCAACAAAUUUAGUCCUCAAAUGCCAGCCUAGUUGGGUUUUAGAGAACACUGUUGCUAGUCUGUUUUUUUCUUUUCUUGAUGAAGCUUA